UCAGCUUCACCUCCGCAGCUUUCAGCUGGUACCCCCCGCAAGAUCAGCUCCACCUCCAUAACCUCCGAUUGAUACCUCCACAGCUUUCAGCUAGUACCCCCCACGACCGGCUUCACCUCCGCAACGUCCAAUUGAUACCUCCGCACGCUCACCUCCGUGCAUCUGGUCUCACCGCACGCCUAGUCACUCCUAUACACAAUUAAUCUCAAUCCAACCAACUGCUACGUAUACUAUGGCCAAGAGAAAGCAGGUUGACGAGGAUGCAGAGGAGGACAACAGACUAGCAGAUACGGUAGAAGAGGAACACAUGGACCUGAGACAGAGGAUGAUGACGAUGAAGAAGAAGAGCCGCAUACCAUGAUACAGGAUCUCGACAACAAUAUCCCUAGGGAGAUGUUGGAGCUUUUCCGAUCAAGGCCGAACACGUUGCACAACCCUAUCACAUGGGAGCUUAUAGCUAAAUGGCAGGACAGCAACCCAUUCAUCGGAUAUCGAUUCCAGAGUUCAGCCAGCCGAUUUCCUUACUAUUUUCAAACCUUAGGGAAUGCUACUGCUGAAAUGUACGACAGGAUUGGUGGCGACCCACUCCAGAGACAUCCAUGCAAGCCAGCCCACCGAUGUGCAUCAUCUCCAGAAACCGACAUGAAGACGGUUUUUGCUGGAUGGCGGAAGGCAGACAGCUACAAGAGGAAGGCUACGCAAGAGGUGAGAGUGAGAGAGGAAAGUGUCAUCCAGAUGUCCAAGCAGUUGUCUGGCUUAGUGGUGGAGCCUGGAGGAGGAAGUUUUAUGAAAAUCCAAUUCCACCUGAACGGUCAGCCUCCAAACCCCACUAUACACACCAGGGAACCAAAGAGGAAGGAAAUCAAGAACUAUGCCAAUGCGACAAAGGAAGGGGUUGCAUUAGUAGCGCGAGAGAUUCUGUUGUCACACCCAAGUGUGAUCCGAUGCAUGCCCGUCUGCCUCAACCAGUUGUACAGCACAUCAUCCAUUAGCGAUUUUCAGUCUGUGCAACAAGCGCUGCCGCCGCAUUUCUGUCUGUGGAUAGAAUUUGACAACAACGCGCACACACUUUUGCCAGUAGCACUCAACAUCCUCGGCACGCGAUCGCGACCACUGCUCACGUCUCGGUCUUCGCCAAACAAUGACCCAACGCGUUUUCAAUGGGACUACCGAAAUGCUGAACUUGGUCCCGAACUCCAAACAUUCUUCGACGGCCUUCCCUUGCUACAAGUUACAGACGCCGUCCUACUGCAACCAUUCUCAAGCCUGAUAAGUGAGUCCAACCAUGACCAUACUAACGCUUCCUAUUGGGAUGUCGAUACCUUUGCGCCACGUGUGUUCGCGGAGUCGUGGUACCUGCUCCCAUGCCUCAAACACACCACCCGCGUACUAUCUCCUUCACUCGGCCUGGGUAUACGGACCAGUACGAUAUGGACUUCACGACACAAAGAGCUGGCUCGGUUCACAAACGCCUUUAAACUUGUCGAGGAGAUCCGCCACCUGUCCUGCAGCGUCACAUGGGUGCAGCAACCCACAGAAGCUUUUCAGCUAAUCAACUUGAAGCACGUUGCACUUCACCUCCCGCAACACGUACGACAAAUCCCACUCAAGCAGUACGAGUACGUCAACGGGGAGCAGGCUUGCAUACUUUGUUAUGAAUGCACUUCACCAAAAGCACAAGGCAGUAACUUUUGCACGGAGCACAACUUGAGGCUUGUCCAAAUCGCACAAUCAGCCGCUUUCAACAUCACUUGCCUCGAGACGCCCCUCGGACGGAAUAUUAAGUAUUCGUUACCAGAAGAUCCAACGAAGGCCGUGCUGGUGAAGGACAUACUCCGCCGUCUCAGGGGUACGGACGACAAGCAUAUAUGGGCCUGCGACUUUGAAGGAAUAUGCCUAAGAGGACCCAACGCAGCCUUCCAUUCGGAGAUUGGUAUAAUCAACUGUGAAAACCCGUCUAUCUACCACGAAGGCAUGAUCGCAUAUCCAGGAUACGACUCUAUUCAAGCAAUCGUUAGCGAGAUCCAAGAAAAAGAAGGUAUGGUGUUCAAAUCAGGCGUAUCCAACACUGCAGGCCUGGAGAAUCGACUAAAGAACUCAUACAACGGCAAUAACACGCAUGGUAUGACACCAUCUCAGCACCAGAAAGCUUUUAAGGAUAUUGGGUUUAUGGAAGACGAAGCCAUUCUCAUUCACUGGGGUGGCGACAAACUGGACAUCACUGGAAUAGGUCGGAUUCUCCGAAAGGAAGAGGCUGCUUUUCCUACCAUGGAUGACGUGCAGCUCAGAUGCCAGACAAUCAACCUCCUUCAGCUCUUCCGAUGGUGUGUAGGUCUAAACCAACCAUUCUCACUCUCUAUAGUAUGGUGUGCAUUAUGCCUUAUCAAAGCUACUACAAUGUAUGCUGAUGUGCAUGGGAUUUGGCAUACUGUGAUGUGGGACAGCGCUGCUACGAGGCAACUCUGGUCGACAUGGCUAGUGGGGAUGAGCACGUUACUGUUUAGGACAUGAAGGUCAUACAGCUCAGGCUGCGGCUCAUUUAGUUUUAUAGUAACACGAUACGACACAACGUUCAU